AGCAUUCUGAAAAAAUUGUUCAAAGACUGAGUGGGAGGAUGAUAUCAUUUCUAGGAAUAGAUGAUGAUGUCAUUUCAUGUGUUAAGGAGGAAAAAGCGAAGGAGGAUGCUGAAAAAAGAUGAGUCAUCUAUUGUGUGGGAGGAGGAGGAGGAGGUAUAAAAGGAGAAGGCGGCAGCUAUCAAUCAUUAUUCUACAAUCAUGACGCCUACAAGCAUCUACCAAGCAGCGCUCUACCUCGUGCUAGCACUCAGUGUCAGUGCACUGGAUCCAAAGUAUAGGAGUGAAGACUUUCUAGCAUCCAGGGAGCAUGGACUGGAUACAUACAACAUUUUCCACAUCAGGCAAUGUCUGAUGUCAUCCAGCAAGUUCAACCACGACCUUGCAACAAUGUACAAUGAUGUUAGCAACUGGUACUUAAAAAUCGCAGGAGAGCAUGAAGUGGGGGAGGAACUGUGUCAACAAAUCCACUGCGCAUAUGAUCUGCGCAACUGUCUCCACCCAUCAUUCACAUCGCUGGAAUUCCUUGAAGCAGUUAUUACAAAGUCAGUCGAGGUGUGCUCAGCCUACUGUCAACAUGGGCUGUCAACAACAUCCAGUACUUCAAUCAGCAAUGGCGCCAGCAGAUCCUGA